AUGCCUGCACUGCUACGUAACGGUGCCAAACAGGGCUACGACCGGCUGCCGGCAGACGAGGGUCACGUGACAGCCGCGUCAUCCGACAGCGGCUCCGACGUGUCUGAAGACAGCGACUACGACGAACUGGCGUGCAACGUGUGCGACCGCACCUUCUGCAACGCCCGCCAGCUGGCGCACCACCAGGAGAAGAAGCGCCACUUCGCGUGCUCCUCGUGCGACAGCCUGUUCCCCUCGCUGGAGGCGCUGCACCACCACCGGCAGCAGUUCCAGCACUGGACCAACCACAGCCCCAUCGAGCCCUCCUGCUCCAGCUCCAGCUCUGCGGACGAGACAUCUGACGACACUGUGUCCAGCGAGGAGCUGGAGCGCCUGCUAUGAUCCUCGUUCUCCGCCCCCGCACAGUCCACCCCUCCUCACCCCCUGUCCCCCAACCCUCACAGCCCGAGCACCGCCGCCACAUAUCACACACCUCUGUGAAUCGUACGUGUCUCUUCCUUCUGUCUCCCUGUCCAUCUCACUCUGUCUGUCCAGCGUCCCCGUCAUCGAAACUGGAGGACUGCACUCGAUGGAAGGAAAAGAAGGAUGAAGGGUUACCUAAAUGGGGCCCUCAUCGGCAGAAAGUUGUGGAAUUCUUCACGAACUAAUAGCGAGACUAAUGUCCAUUUGCCACUAACUUACGAACAGUCGUGUGUCAACUGCGACACUGUCAAUGCUGUUGGCACCCGAAAUGCGGCACGACUAAUAGUUUGUGAAAAAUUUCACUGCCGCCCAGGCCAGUGUGUUUUAAGUUUCCAUCAGUCCUGCAGCGAUAUGGUCUUUUUUGCUGCAUGUAUCUGUGGUAUUAUUUUUAAAAUCUAUGUCGGUUACCAACCACAACGAUAAUUGCAGACAU